AUGGAGGCGCUUGCACUAGGACUCCAGGGUCGGGUAGCACUAGUCGCAGCAGCGAGUGCGGGACUCGGUUACCACUGCGCUCUCGCGUUCGCCAGGGCGGGAGCGCGUGUAGCGAUAUUUUCGCGCUCCCCCGAGCGCAUUGAGGCGGCCGCGGAGAAGAUCCGCGGAGAGGUGGCGGGCGCACAGGUGCUGCCACUCGUGGCGGACGUCCUCAAGGGGGACGAGCUUCAAGCCGUUGUGGAUGCUACAGUGAAGGCAUAUGGUGGGCUCAAUGUGCUUGUGGCGAACAGUGGAGGGCCUCCUCCUGGCACAUUCGAUAGUGUCACAGAGGCACAAUGGCAGGAGGCGUUUCAGGGGACGCUCAUGUCCACCACGCGUCUCAUUCAACAUGCAGUGCCUCACAUGAAGGACCUAGCCUGCCACGGCAUCACAGUCAACAACGUGGCACCAGGCAGCUUCGACACGGCACGGAUCGCCAAUCUUGCCACCAAACGGGCAGAAGCGUGGGGCGUUACAGUGGAAGAGGCUAGGAAGCGCAUGGAGCAGCAGAUCCCAAUGGGUAGGCUGGGUCAGCCAGAAGAACUGGCAAAUGCGGUCCUUUUCCUGGCCUCAGAUGCUGGGAGCUAUGUCACAGGGCAGACCAUAGUUGUGGAUGGAGGGGUGACUGCAGGGUACUAG